UCCAACCCUUCAUUUUUACUGUGCUGUAAAAGCGAUUGUAAAACGACAAUGCGCACAGUUGCUGGGGACAGCUCUCAGCAACUAACUUGUUAAAGUGAGGCCGCUGGAGGGAUCGCAGUUCUCGGGAAAUUAUCCCCAAGUAAAUUCGACGUGUUCCUUUUUUAACAAAACGGGGCUAAAAUGCAGCACCUUUUUAUAAGAGUUUUUUCUUUACUUGGUCUGAAAGAAAAUAUACGACAUAUUAGAGUUGGCUGCUCUGUCUGGGAGGAGUCUGCAGUCGGCUGGUGUUUUAAUUGGCUGCAGACUUCAGUGAGAAGCGUGAGUAUCAGUAAUUAUUCAGCAAUGUUUUUGCACAAGAAAUGUCAGCCAGAGAAGGCCAUCUUCAUCCGCCGCCACAUAACAGCGCGACGAUGUCAUGUUCCCACAACCAGGCUGGAAACUCUUUCUUUGUGGACUCCUUAAUCAACGUGAGAACCGACGGCGCUCCUUAUUACCAAAGCAGCGGGCUUUAUUUGCCAGCAGCCUCGGAAUAUUCAUAUGGCUCCUGUUUCCCAGCCGUCGGGAAGCGCAGCGAGCCAACGACCCAAAGUAUGAUCCCGUCCUCGGUUCCGUAUGUUCAGGGGAUGGAACCGUGGCUGGAAACGUCCAGGUCCUGCCGGGUGGAUCAGCCCUGCAGCGGCCAGCACUUGGCUCAGUGUUCCUUCUCGCCGAGCAUAAAGGAGGAGAGCGCCUGCUGCCUUUAUGAGUCAGAAAAAAUGCCUAAAGGAGCGACAGCUGAAGACACAUCCUACUCCACCACCUCCUGCCCCGGUAGCACCGUCCCAGUCCCGGGCUACUUCCGUCUGUCUCAGACAUAUGCGUCCUCCAGGCUCCACCACGAUGUUCAGCCGGACAUGAAUCACUUCAGUCUGCAGCGAGCCAGCCGCUUUGAAGGCCAGCCCCCCCAGCCGCAGUCCAUCUCCGCGGAGCCGGAUCGCGGGGAGAUUAACGAGGAGGCGCCUGUUCCUGCACCGUGCGCCCCGAGCAGGGAGGAGGAGGACAGCCGCCUCUCCUCGGAGAGCUCAUCUUCCACGGAUCCCGCCGAUGCGUGCAGCGCAGAGUGUCGAGACAAGUCCGUAAAAGGAGAUGGGAAGACAGAAAGCACGGCCAACUGGCUGACAGCAAAGAGCGGCAGGAAGAAGCGCUGCCCUUACACCAAGCACCAGACUCUGGAGCUGGAGAAAGAGUUUCUCUUCAACAUGUACUUGACUCGGGAGCGUCGCCUCGAGAUCAGCCGCAGCGUGCACCUCACCGACAGGCAAGUUAAAAUCUGGUUCCAGAACCGGAGGAUGAAACUGAAAAAGAUGAGCCGCGAGAACAGGAUCCGGGAGCUUUCCAGCAACUUUGGGUUUUCGUGAGACUUUGAUGAGAAACAUCCUUCUCCUCCUACUCCUCCUCUUCUCCUUUCUUCCCUCUCCUCCACCCAAACUCUGGAAACUAACUUAUUGAUCAGAGCUGUUCUUGUCGUGGAUUUGUAUUUAUAUACCGCCACCUUUCCAUCCAUCCAGUUGUCCCGGCUUGUACAUACACUCAAUCUGAGUGAUCCAUUGGAUUUUGCAUGCUGGACUUACCACUGCCUCAUUUGUGUUACAGUUACAUGUAGACCUUAAUGUGAAAGCUGAAAAAAAGAAAAGGUCUUGAAAAUAUUUGCACAUUUAGCUGCUCUAAUGAAUAAAAAACAAUGUAGCCGCAGACAUAUUA